AUGAGCGACUUAAAGUAUAUCCCAAUUCCAGGACCCAGAGGGAUACCCUUCUUGGGCAAUGUGCUGGAUAUCGACCCCGAGGUGCCAGAACAAAGCUUCUCCUUAUUGGCAGAUAAUUAUGGCCCUAUUUUCCGCUUGUCCAUGGUUGGUCAACCAAGAGUGUUCAUCAGCACCCAUGAGCUGGUCGAUGAGGUCUGCAACGAAGAAAGAUUCACAAAGAAGGUUACAGCCGGUUUGAAAGAAAUCCGCAAUGGUGUUGAGGACGGCCUGUUCACAGCCCACUAUCCGGGGGAGGAGAAUUGGGAAAUCGCUCACCGAGUUUUGGUUCCUGCAUUUGGUCCGCUCACGAUUCGCGCGAUGUUCGAUGAUAUGUAUGACAUCGCCACCCAGCUGACCCUGAAAUGGGCUCGCCAGGGUCCCAAUGCCCCCAUCAUGGUUACUGACGAUUUCACACGUCUGACCCUCGACACGAUUGCCCUCUGUGCCAUGGGUACCCGUUUCAAUUCAUUCUAUCAGGAAGAGAUGCAUCCGUUCAUUGAAGCUAUGGUCACCCUGCUCCAAGGGUCCGGUGACAGGGCGCGGCGCCCCGCGCUCAUGAAUAGCCUCCCUACCAGUGACAACAAUAAAUACUGGAACGAUAUCACUUUUCUGCGAAAGCUGGCCCAAGAACUGGUCGAUGCGCGAAAAAACAACCCCGAAGACAAGAAGGACCUCCUGAAUGCUCUGAUCCUAGGUCGCGAUCCUAAGACUGGUCAAGGACUCUCAGAUGCCUCUAUUAUAAAUAACAUGAUCACAUUUCUAAUUGCUGGCCACGAGACUACUUCUGGCAUGCUUUCCUUUUUAUUUUACUACUUGCUCAAGAACCCAAGUGCGUAUCAGAAGGCACAGCAAGAAGUCGACACAGUGAUUGGGCGGCGAAAAAUCACCGUAGAGGAUCUUUCGAAGCUGCCGUAUAUUACGGCGGUGAUGCGCGAGACCCUACGACUUCGAUCUCCGGCACCUUUGAUUGCUUUCCAUGCGCAUCCUACGAAGAACACGGAGGAUCCCGUCACCUUGGGAGGUGGGAAAUAUGCUUUGUCGGAGGAUGAGGCGAUCGUGAUCAUCUUGGGCAAACUGCACCGGGAUCCUAAAGUUUAUGGUGAAGAUGCAGAGGAAUUCAGGCCGGAGAGAAUGUUGGACGCGGAGUUCGAAAAGCUGCCGAAAAAUGCAUGGAAGCCUUUUGGGAACGGCAUGCGAGCCUGCAUUGGACGCCCAUUUGCGUGGCAAGAGGUCCUGCUGUUGGUGGCGAUGCUACUGCAGAAUUUCAACUUCCAGAUGGAUGACCCCAGCUACGAUCUGCGGCUCAAACAAACCCUCACUAUCAAGCCAGAUGGCUUCCACAUGAGAGCGGCACUACGAGGUGGUCUGGAUGCAACAAAACUAGGGAACUUCUUGAACAGCGGCGAGGUUCCCUCGAUCGACUCAGACGCUACAGGCAAAGAUCGCAAGAAAGCCACCCUGGCGAGUGGCGCAAAGCCGAUGUAUAUUUUCUUUGGCAGCAACACUGGAACCUGCGAGGCGUUUGCCAGGAGGCUCGCUGACGAUGCCCUUGGGUAUGGGUUUGCGGCCGAGGUCAAGUCUCUGGACUCGGCCAUGCAGAAUGUCCCUAAAGAUGACCCUGUCGUCUUCAUCUCGGCGUCGUACGAAGGCCAGCCCCCGGAUAAUGCCGCUCACUUUUUUGAGUGGCUCAGCAAUUUGAAGGACAAGGAACUCGAGGGGACUCAGUAUGCUGUUUUCGGUUGUGGUCAUCAUGACUGGCAUGCUACCUUUCACCGGAUCCCAAAAAUCAUCAACCAACUUGUAGAAGAGCGUGGUGGAAACCGUCUCUGUGACCUUGGAGUCGCCGAUGCCGCCAAAUCCGAUAUGUUCACCGAUUUUGAUAAUUGGGGCGAAUCAGCAUUCUGGCCUGCGAUUACCUCCAAGUUCGGCCGCUCAGAGUCCAAAGCUAAAGAAAACAAAUCGACGUUUCAAGUUGAAGUCAGCCCUGGAGUGCGCGCCUCCAACUUGGGUCUCCAGCUGCAUGAAGGAGCCGUGAUUGAGAAUAAGCUCCUCACCGCACCCGGUAUCCCGGAAAAGAGGGUGGUGCGAUUCAAGCUUCCGGCGGAUAUGACCUACCAAUGUGGCGAUUAUCUUGCCGUACUUCCCACGAACCCAAGACAUAUCGUCCAUCGAGCUAUUCGCUGCUUCGACCUCCCAUCUGACGCCAUGCUGACGGUGUCGAAGCCGUCGCGGACAUCUAACGGCCCUACUGCUAUCCCGUUGGGCACUCCAAUCUCCGCCUUUGAACUCUUUUCGACGUACGUGGAGCUAUCUCAACCAGCAUCCAAGCGAGAUCUAACCACAAUCGCGAACGUUGCUACCACGGACGCCGACAUCAAGGCGGAGCUGCAAUAUAUCGCCUCUAGCCCGACCCGGUUCACCGAGGAAGUCGUGAAGAAGCGUCUUAGUCCCCUUGACAUUAUCAUGAAAUACCCCUCUCUCAAGAUGCCUAUUGCCGACUUUUUAGGUAUGCUGCCUCCCAUGCGUGUGCGCCAGUACUCCAUCUCAUCCUCACCCCUGGUGGACCCCACGGAGUGCUCUAUCACCUUCUCCGUCCUUAACGCUCCAUCCCUGGCCUCAGAGGACGAACAGUACGUAGGUGUUGCAUCCACCUACCUGUCUGAGCUGCAGCCCGAAGACCGCGCACAUAUCUCUGUCCGUGCAUCGCACACUGGGUUCAAGCCACCCAUCGACCUGGACACCCCGAUGAUCAUGGCAUGCGCAGGAAGCGGCCUGGCACCAUUCCGUGGCUUCAUCAUGGAUCGUGUGGAGAAGAUCCGCGGCCGACGCAGCCCCAUGGGCCCGAACGAGGAACACCCGGAUGUCGGAAAAGCCGCAAAGGCGAUUCUCUACGUUGGCUGUCGCACCAAGGGCAAGGACGACAUCCACUCGGAGGAACUCGCUGAAUGGGCUUCCGAGGGCGCCGUCGACGUCCGAUACGCCUACAGUCGACCGGUGGAUGAAACGUCCCGUCGUCAUGUCCAGGAUCUGAUGCUGGACGACCGCAAAGAACUCGUGGAGCUGUUCGAUCAGGGAGCACGGGUCUACGUCUGUGGAACAACCAAUGUCGGUCAGGGCGUGCGUCAAGCCUGUAAAACCAUGUAUCUCGAAAAGCGACGGGAACAUUAUCGUCUAGCGCGGGAACGCGGGGAGGAUGUUCCCGAGGGAGUUGAUGAAGAUGAAGCCGCGGAGGAAUUCUUGGAAGGUCUGAAGACCAAGGAGAGAUAUGCCACGGAUGUGUUUACUUGA